AUGUUGAAUGUGGUAUUUACAGAGGAAACUGCUGCCGACCAAUCUGACGCUGACCAAUAUAUACCCCUGCGCGGGCGCCGAGUGACUCUAAGCGCUGAAGUAACAACAGGAAAAAAAUGUCCUGGAACCACCUUACGCCACCGCUGCGCUGAGACAAGUGACCACAUCGGAUACAACUGGAACAUUCUAACCAUUAUCAACGCUAAGGCCGUCAGGUAUGAGGUAGAAGGUGACGACGGCUACGUGGCCGAUUUCAACUACGAGGGCGAGGCUCGUUUCUCCGACUUCUACGAGUCUGCUUCCUUCGAAUCCCACGAAUACAGGCCACGAUACGGCUACGACUCCAACAAGUCCAACCCUCACUAUUCCUGCUCUAGUAUUCGAUCUACAGAACAUGACGAAUGA